AUGUACCACCCCGGUUUUACGGAUGUGAGGGAGGAGCUCGAGGCCGAGGAGAAGCGGCGCAGGCUCGUGGAGCAGGAGGGCGCCCUCUUCGUGCCGCUGUCGCUGGUCGACCUGUGCGUGCGCCUCGUGCGGCGCCUGGCCACCCUCGAGUCGGCCUUCUGGGAGGGCAUCGAACGUCAGCGCCUACCCACCGCGCUGGCCGACACCCUCAAGACUGCUCGACCCCACAAGGCACGCCAUUAUUUAUAUAAAAUAGAUAAAUAA